AUGGUUCUUGGAUUGAAGCGGUGCCUCCCGGAUUCAAUGGGCGACGCCGAUCGAGGAUUCCGCUUCUCCGAUCCCAAGAAACCGCGAAACAACGAUGUUCUCCCCGGAGAACUCGACAGGUGCUUUGUGAAUUCCCGUAUUUUGGCGCGAAAUCCUCCAAUGGAAUGCGGAGGGCCAAAACCCUAUCCUUCGCCAGAAGAUGUUAUCCCGGAGAUGAUACAAGUUGUGUGCAAUGAAACAGAAGGAAUGUAUUAUCCCGGCCUCCAUAUGGUGCAAUGUGGGUGUAAACCGUGCACGAUGAAGAAAAACAAUGACAAGAGGAGCGUGGGCGAUUGGGAAAAGCACGCGGGCUCGAGAGCUAAAAAAUGGAAAGUGAGCAUAAAGGUGAAAGCCACAAGGCAGCCUUUGGGAGAAUGGGUUUCUAACAAAUCCGCAAUCACUACUCCAGCAGGACUGGGGUUUAACUUUAAUCCCGGAUUAAACCCAUCCCGACUAUCGGCAUUCCUAACCCAAAAACACACCCCUAUACCCCAAAAAUGGACACCAGAGCGCUGCGCGGUCUGCAGAUGGAACGAGGACUGGGAUUACGACAAGAUCGUAAUCUGCAACAAGUGCGAGAUGGCAGUUCACCAGAAAUGCUAUGGAGUGAGUCACAUCAAUGAUUUCACCCACUGGCUUUGCAAUGCCUGCAAGAACCCGAGCCUCAACCCGGAAUGCUGUCUCUGCCCUGUCAAAGGCGGGGCGCUGAAGCCCUGCGACGUUAAGCCGUUCUGGGUUCACGUCAUCUGUGCCUGGUUUCGCCCCGAGAUGUAUUUCCCCAGUGACAAGAUGGAGCCCGCCCUUGGGCUGAUGCGAGUCCCGCCCAAAACUUUCCAGCAGACCUGCCAAAUCUGCAACCAGACUCAUGGAGCAUGUGUGCAGUGCUGUAAAUGUAGCAACAAUUACCACAUACCCUGCGCUUUCCGGGCAGGAUUUUCCCUGGAAAUGAUGUUAAUAGCCAAUAAGAAUACUAAUAAACUGAUAUUGCAUUGCAAUCUGCAUAAACCCCCCAAUCCAGAUAGUAAAUUGGAGAUGCGAAUUCUCCACAAGACCAGAAAUCAGGCCCUGGAAAGUUCAUCAUCAAAUAAACCUGAACCCGAGCCUGAGCCUGAUGAUCAGGCCCUGGAAAGCUCAGAACCUGAAACUUCCAAGCCUGAUUCAUCACCAAAUGAACCAGAGCCUAAUCCUGGGUCUGAGUCUGAGCCUGAAACUGGUCAAUUUUCGGCCGCGAGAUGUCGGGUCUACGAUAGAACAGCUUGGAAAAGAGAUAAACCGGAGGCCAUAAUCAAUGCUAGGCUCAAUUACAAAAAGGAGCCGGAGAAUGGCCUGGGAUUCUCGUCGAUGCCGGAGAGGAUGAAGCAUUUGCAGAGAACGAUGAAACAGAGAAUCUGUUUUGGAAAGUCCGGGAUUCACGGGUGGGGGGUGUUCGCGAGGCGGAGAAUCCGGGAAGGGGAGGCGGUGGGGGAGUAUGUGGGGGAGGUGGUGCGGCGGAGCGUGUCGGACGUGAGGGAAGCUCGGUACAAUGCGGCCGGGCGGGACUGUUACCUGUUCGGGAUCAAUGAAGAUAUGGUGAUUGAUGCGACGAUGAAGGGGAGCUUGACGAGGCUGUUCAACCAUUGUUGCGACCCGAAUUGCUAUUCCAGGAUAGUGAAUCUGGGAGAAGGGGAUUACGGGGUGGUUUUGAUAGCCAAGAGGGAUGUUGAUGCGGGUGAAGAACUUACCAUGGAUUACAUGUUUGAUCAUAACAAGGAUUAUAAACCCACCAGUCCAUGCUUCUGUGGAGCUCCCAAUUGCAGGAAAUUCAUGUAG